UUCGUUCCCGGAAGCGGCGGCGGCGCGGCCAUGGGCUCCUCGAAGAAGCACCGGGAGCGCGGCGGCUCCGAGGCGGCCGAGGAGGCUCCGGCGGCGGCGGGAGCGACCCCGACGGGGGGGAGCAGCACCGCGGGACGGCCCCGGGAGCACCGCAAACACCGGCACCGCGGCGGGGAGCGGCGGGGGAAACGCAGCCGCUCCCGGGGGGAACGAAGCAGCGGGGGAGGCGGCAGCGGCGGCGGCGGCUCCGGUGGCGGCUCCGGUUCUUCCUCCUCCCGUCGCGGUGGCCCUGAAGAGCCGGGAAGGAGCGGUCAUGGCCGGGGAGGCACCGAGGCCGAGCGGCGCGGGAAGAGGGAACGGCGGGAGGAGCGGGAGGAGCCCGCCACAGCACCCAAGGCCGCCGCGGCCGAGUCGUCCCUCAGCGUGGAGGAAACUAACAAACUCCGCGCCAAGCUGGGGCUGAAGCCGCUGGAGACAACGACCGUCAAGAAAGAGGCUGGGACCAAGGAGGACCCGGUGGCGGCUGAUGUCAUCAACCCGUUGGUGCAACGGCAACGGGAGGAGAUCCGGGAGAAGUUGGCGGCCGCCAAGGAGAAACGGCUCCUCAAUCAGAAAUUGGGGAAAAUCAAGACGUUGGGAGAGGACGACCCGUGGUUGGAUGACGCGGCAGCUUGGAUCGAGAGGAGCCGGAAGCUGCAGCAGGAAAAGGAGUUGGCGGAGAAGAGGGCCAAGCUGCUGGAGGAGAUGGACCAGGAGUUUGGUGUCAGCACCUUGGUGGAGGAGGAGUUCAUGAGGAGGAAGAGGGACCUCUACAGCUCGCGGGACCUGCAGGGGCUGACGGUGGAGCACGACCUGGGGGCCUUCCGGGAGGGGGAGACCCUCGUCCUCACCCUCAAGGACAAGGGGGUGCUGGAGGAGAGCGAGGACGUCCUGGUGAACGUGACCUUGGUGGCCGAGGAGCAGGCGCAGGAGAACGCCGAGCUGCGCAAGAAGAAGCCGCCCUACGUCCCCUACGAGGACGAGGACCCCGCCGCCGCCCCCCAGGGCCCCAAGGAACACGUGGUGCUCCCCAAAUACGCCGACCCCCCCCAGCGCCCCUCCUUCCGCCUGGGGCCGCAGGGGACGACGCCAGGGGGGGGUGGCCUUGGGGACCCCCGGCAGCAGCCCCCCGCCUCUGGCCCUGCCCCCCAAAGCCUGGAGUUGCCCCCCCUUCGCCUGGCCCCCGAGUACCUGACCCCCCAGGAGAUGAGCGUGACCUUUCGGAAGACGCGGCGCCGGGUGCGACGACUCCGGCGGAAGGAGAAGCCGCUUCGCGCCGACGAUCUCCUGCCCCUGGCCCCGGGUGACACCCGCGGGGACUUCGGCUCCAGGUCACGAGGUCGAGGCCGUCGGGUGCAGGAGGAUGAGGAGGGUGCAGAGGGGGAGGGGGACCCCGACGCUCCCCCCACCCCUCCCCCCGGGCCCCCCCAGCUCCCGUCCGACGACACCCGGCUGGAGAGCAUGGACAUCAGCAGCGAGGAGGAGACGCAGGGUCCGGCCUCGCCGCCGGCGCUGGAGGAGGACGAGGCGGAGCAGGAGCUGCAGAAGCAGCUGGAAAAGGGCCGGCGCCUGCGGCAGCUCCAGCAGCUGCGCGAGGGGGGGGGCGAGAAGGUGCUGGAGCUGGUGCGGGGGGCUGGGGGGGCCCCAGGGCCGGACCCCCGAGCUGGGGCCAUCGUCUUCAACGCCACCUCGGAGUUCUGCCGGACGCUGGGCGAGAUCCCGACCUACGGGCUGGCGGGGAACCGGGAGGAGCAGGAGGAGCUGAUGGCUCUGGAGCGCACGGGGCGCCCCUCCCCCCCGGGGGCCCCCGAUUCGGAGGGGGAGGAGAACGUUGGCUGGAGCAGCGUCAACCUGGCCGAGGAGCGGCAGCACCAGGACUUUUCGGCCUCUUCCACCACCAUCCUUGACGAGGAGCCGAUCGUUAACCGGGGGCUGGCGGCCGCCCUGCUGCUCUGCCAGAACAAGGGGCUGCUGGAGACGACGGUGCAGAAGGUGGCACGGGUGAAGGCCCCCAACAAGUCCCUGCCCUCGGCCGUCUACUGCAUCGAGGACAAGAUGGCCAUCGAUGACAAGUACAGCCGGCGCGAGGAGUACCGCGGCUUCACGCAGGACUUCAAGGAGAAGGAGGGUUACCGCCCCGACGUCAAGAUCGAGUACGUGGACGAGACCGGCCGCAAGCUGACGCCCAAGGAGGCGUUCCGGCAGCUUUCCCACCGUUUCCACGGCAAAGGUUCGGGGAAGAUGAAGACGGAGCGGAGGAUGAAGAAGUUGGAUGAGGAAGCGCUGCUGAAGAAGAUGAGCUCCAGCGACACCCCCCUGGGGACGGUGGCGCUGCUGCAGGAGAAGCAGAAGGCGCAGAAGACGCCGUACAUCGUCCUGAGUGGGAGUGGGAAGAGCAUGAACGCGAACACCAUCACCAAGUGAGGCGGCGCCAAGGACGUCCCUGUCCCCUCCCCCCCCCCCCCCGGGGACAAUAAAGGCCUUGGGGACCCUCA